GUGGCGGUGGCGGUGGCUCUAGGCGAGUUUACGCUAGAAGCCGCUCGGAUACGGUCUAUGGAAUGGCCACAAGUAUGGCAAAUCGUUUGGGUGUAGUUGGAAGGGGUUCGGGUAGUACAGAGUCAGCAAGGGCAAGUCAGCAGCGACAGCAGCAAUUCCCCGGGCAACUCGACCGGAUACCCGAGACGGCUGAUGUGAAUGUGAAGAAUCGAGGGGGUGAGGCGGCGGGAAUGCUAGGGAAUGAUACUGCUGGACACUUGAGGAAACAGGGUGGUGCAGGGGAUGCGGCGACGACGACGACGACGACCAAAGGUCACCAGCAGGUUGGGCGAGGCCAAGAAUUUGGCCAAGGAGUCGCAGGGAGGGCAAGUGGGCAAGGCGAUUUCGGCGGAGGAGUCGCAGGGAGGGCAAGCCAGCCGGGCGAAUCCGAUGAAGGAGUCGCAGGGAGGGAAAGUGGGCAAGGAGGUCAGCAGCAGCAGCAGCCGCACCAACAUUCUAAAGGACAUGGCCAUCACCAUAGUAGGCAUCAUGCCCAUGCCCAU